UUGCAGGGUAUUGAGAAAAUAUGGCCAUUGCAAGCUUUAGUUUACCUUUUACAUAUCUUCAAAAACCUUCUUCUUGUUCUUGCAGAUGCAGCAGCUCGUUUGAGAAGCCAAUUUUUGCCUUUUCUUCUAAUGGUAUAGCCAACAAAGCUCUGCAGGAAAUUCGAAAUUCUGGAGUUAUCGCUUGCCUUCGAGCCCAAAAUGCAGACCUGGCUAAUCGAGCUGCACGUGCAGCAUUGGAUGGUGGAAUUUCAGCUCUGGAAAUUGUGAUGUCCACUCCCGAUGUUUUUGAGGUGUUAAGAAACCUAGUACUUGAUUAUCCGGCAAAAACUUUUGGAGUUGGAACAGUGUUACAGGCUAAAGAUGCCAAAGAUUCUAUAAAGGCUGGAGCUAAGUUUCUUAUGAGUCCUGCAACAGUUAUGGAUAUUCUAGUUGGUGUCUCAGAGAGUGAUGUUCUGUAUAUACCUGGGGUAAUGACCCCCACGGAGAUAUUAUCUGCUUUCAGUGCUGGUGCCAGGAUUGUCAAGGUUUAUCCCGUCUCUGCACUCGGUGGUGUUGGGUACAUUUCAGCUCUGAAAAGGCCUUUUUCUCAUAUCCCUAUGGUGGCAUCACAAGGCAUAACAAUAGAUUUGAUCGAGCAAUACAUUAGUCAGGGAGCAUCAGCAGUUGUUCUAUCAGAUGCCAUAUUUGACAAAGAGGCAAUGAGUCAACGGAAUUUUGAUAGAAUAUAUCAACUUGCAAGCCAUGCAACUUUGCAGGGUAAACAAGUUGUUGAAAGGUUAGAAUGUUAGGUGCUGAUGCAUCUUUCGAUUUGUUAAAACCUCAUGGAACUGCAAGGGUUAAUGAGAAGCGAGAAAUCAGAUUAUGCCAUCUGUCAUCCUGCUUGAAGUUUG